GUGAGCGCAGUGAGCGCGGGCGGCGGGGCUGGCGGCGGGGCCGGUGGGCGUGCGGCCCCCAGACCCGGAGCGGAGCCGUCGGGCUGGGCGGGGGUUCCCGGCGAUCGAUGCCGGGCGGCGGGGCCGGCGCGUGGGGAAGCGGGGUCCUCGCCUGCCUCCGGAGACGAAAGCGUGUGUUGACGUCCCGCCUGUCUGUAUAGACGUCUGUGCCCAAUCGACGGGUCCAGAAAGUUCCGGGAGAAGGAAGGCCGUACUGGGGCACAGACACAGGCCUCUGAGGGGCCUUGCUUGGGUUUCUUUUGUGCCGCCGAGUGGCACUUGCUCUGGAGCCGCGAGGCUCUCUGCCGCUGAUCGAUUUUCUCCCUUUUUUUUUCCUCCCCUUCUUCCUAACGCGAACUGAAGGUGUCAUUGCGCAGCCCCAGCCAUGGAAGGUAAACCAUUGGUGACAUCGAAACAGAAGACUGCCGCGGUGUGUGGGGUCCCCACCCAAGUGGUCUGUACAGCCUUCAGCAGCCACGUCCUGGUGGUGGUGACCCAGUUCGGGAAGAUGGGUACCCUGGUCUCCCUGGAACCCAGCAGUGUGACCAGUGACCUCGGCAGGCCCGUGCUCACCACUAAAGUCCUUCUAGGGCAGGACGAGCCUCUCAUCCAUGUCUUCGCAAAGAACCUGGUGGCGUUUGUGUCUCAGGAAGCUGGAAACAGAGCAGUCCUCCUCGCCCUGGCCGUGAAGGACAAGAGCAUGGAGGGUGUGAAGGCCUUGAAGGAGGUGAUCCGGACGUGCCAGGUGUGGUGACCCCGGAGCAGCCACACCUGCUGUGCAGCAGGGCCACGUGGCAACUCAGACACCCUCUCGAGGACCUGAAGACCCUCCUUCAGCAAGAAGGAGGAGCUUUCUCUGGCGUUGGCCCUUGAAGCUGGAAGAAACAUGCACGUCUCAGGCCAGCUUUGGUUUGGGGGCUGAUGUCACCCGUGGCAGGAGGACGUGGAACGUGUUGGGGGGGGAGGUUGUGAGCGGUCCUCCCCAGGUCCAGACAGUUGCACGUGGUUGAGAACUGAUGGAAUGAGUCCUGGCCCUCAGUGUGCAGAUCAAUUGUCGGGGAAAAAUUUAUUAAAAAUAAAUGCGUAUCCCAAAAUA